AAGGUGAAGGUCAUUCCGGUUUGAUAAAACGUAGAUAAAGAGUGUUCUGCAAGCUUUCCUUCACAUUUCUCUCGACAUUUACGCAUAAAAUACACAAUGGCAAACAGCAGAGGGAAAUGGGCAGAACAGAUGAAUGACUUCAAGAAGUCCCAGGGGAACCCAGAAGUCAUGACUAACAGCACUGGGUCCCCAAUCGGUAACAAGCUUGCCUCAAUGACUGUUGGGCCUAGAGGACCGAUGCUCAUUCAAGACUUCACCUACACUGAUGAGAUGGCUCAUUUUGGGCGUGAAAGGAUCCCAGAAAGGGUUGUUCAUGCAAAGGGUGCAGGAGCGUUUGGUUACUUUGAGUGCACCCAUGAUAUCACCAAGUACACCAAGGCCAAACCUUUUGAACAUAUCGGGAAGAGAACACCUUUGGGUGUGCGCUUCUCCACAGUUGGUGGGGAAAGUGGUUCUGCUGACACGGCCCGUGAUCCCAGAGGAUUUUCACUCAAAUUCUACACAGAGGAAGGAAACUGGGAUCUUGUUGGAAAUAAUACUCCCAUCUUCUUCAUCAGGGAUCCCAUUCUGUUCCCUAGCUUCAUCCACACUCAGAAGCGUAAUCCCAAGACCCACUGUAAGGACCCAGAUAUGUUCUGGGACUUCAUCAGCUUGCGUCCCGAAACCACUCACCAGGUGUCCUUCCUGUUCUCCGACCGUGGAACCCCUGAUGGAUACCGUCACAUGAAUGGAUAUGGAAGUCACACCUUCAAAUUUGUCAAUGCAAAGGGAGAAGCAUGCUAUUGUAAAUUUCACUUCAAGGUUGACCAAGGAAUUAAAACACUAGCAGCAGGCAAGGCUGCAGAACUGGCUGGAUCUGACCCGGACUAUGCGAUGAGGGACCUGUAUGAUGCCAUCGAGGCUGGGAAUCCACCAUCCUGGACCCUGAAAGUCCAGAUCAUGACAUUUGAAGAAGCUGAGAAGUUCAGAUGGAAUCCUUUCGAUGUGACAAAGAUUUGGCCUCAGGGCGAGUUCCCUCUGAUUCCAGUUGGCAAGAUGGUGUUGAACCGCAACCCCAAGAACUAUUUUGCUGAGGUUGAACAAAUUGCUUUCUGCCCAGCUCAUUUUAUCCCCGGGAUAGAAGCAAGUCCUGACAAGAUGUUACAGGGUCGUCUCUUUUCCUAUGUUGACACCCAUCGACACAGGCUUGGAACCAACUACCUGCAGAUUCCAGUCAAUUGUCCCUACAAUACGCGUGUGAAGAAUUAUCAAAGGGAUGGACCCCAGUGUGUCACUGAUAAUCAAGGUGGUGCCCCGAACUAUUAUCCCAAUAGCUUCACCGGUCCCCAGGAUGACGUGAAGCAUUUGGAGUGCCCACACCACCAUGCAGGAGAAGUCAAGAGAUAUAACACUGCCGAUGAUGACAACUUCUCCCAGGUCAACACUUAUUGGAACAAAGUUCUUGAUGCUGGGGCCAAGUCCCGCCUGGUUGAGAAUAUUGCUGGCCACCUGAAGGAUGCCCAGGAGUUUAUCCAGAAGAGAGCAGUGCACAACUUCACCCAGGCUGAUCCAGAAUAUGGUCGGAGGAUUCAGGCUGCUCUUGAUGCCCACAAGAAGGCCCGGUCAAAGUCCUCUCUAUAAUUCUCCUUCAACGGGUAGACGACAACCAUCAUUCAAAGGUGUUCUCAAUGCUGAUUUUCUAAAGUGCUGGAAUACAAUGGACAUGAGUUCCAUUCAAAAUCAGGACAAAUCAGAACAGUGACAAUGCUGUUCGCGUCGCUAAUCGUAUGUUGUGAUAUCCUUUUGAAAUCAUUGCGUUAAUCUACAUCUCAUCAGGAAAGUUGUUGAAAAAAGCAUAGGAAAGCUGCAGCAGAGUGACGCAGUCAAAAUUGUGUUGUAAAAAUUGUGCCAUAUGGUUGGUUGCAUCAAGCCUUCAUUGUCGUAAUAUCUUCUUGGGACUUCUGUACACUACAGAGCUGCUAAGUUGACAAGUAGUUGCGCGGUUCAUCAGUAUUUGCAAUGAUUGAUUGAACUUAUGACACUUGGAAUGUACUUAUUAUCUUGUGGCCCUACUGAUUCUCACUCUCUGUGUUACAUGCACAUUAUUCACAGUGCUAUUCUUUGGUUGGGAGUUUCUAGUCAAUCUUCCCCAAUCUCUGAUUUCAACUCGUGUGUGUAUCGAGAAUCGUUAUGGAACCUUAAAAAAACAGGCAUUCUUUUAAAUUUCCAUGUAUGUAAAUAUGAUCAAAGAAAUUCAGGCUUAGAUUAUGCUGUUCAUGUAUGCAAUAUUUGCAGUGUCUGCAUAAGCUUUAAAUUUCCUGUAAUCAAAGAGUUCAGAAACAAACUAUCCUUUCUGUUGUGAAUGUUAAAGAAGACCCAGUUGUUGAGAAAAAAAAACAAGCUGAUCUGCAAUUAAAUUAUUUACAAUAAAUUUUAAUGAUUAUAAUUA